AAUCCAAAGACGAAGAGGUGGAGCUGCAAACAGAACAGCAGCAGCAUCUUUCUGCUGCUCUGUUCGUCCUCUUCAUUAUCCAGAGCAGCAGCACAUGAACGAGGAGCCUAGAAGUGAAGCCAAGUGGACAACUUGUGAGACAAUGUGAGCUCAGCAGGGAUUCAGAAAAACAAAGAUGCUGAGGAGGCAUGGAGAGAAGAUGGAAACUUGAAGCUUGGUUUGCAGAAACAUAAGUUAAUGAGGAUGUUACUGAGGAGCUACAAAGCAGCAGAUGUGGGAGAACGUGGACAGCAGGAGACAGCUGCUGUGCUUGCAGGUGGAUGUAGAUGCCGCCGCCUCAUUCCACACUAAGCGGGUCGGAGCACAUAAACCAUCGGAGCUGGAAGCAUAAAGGAACAGAGUAGCAUGCAUCACAGUGACUGCCUGUUAGUGCCCUGCAGCUUACACACAACUAAUCAGAUGAAGCUUCUGUUCUGAAUGAUGGCAGAGUGAAGAUCCAAACAUUUACACCUGUGGAGGAGCUGCAUCAUGUGACCGGCAUGAAGGAUAUGAACACAAACUUCUGACCGACAGUAAAUAGAGUUGGGAUAAUGCUGCCCGUCGGAGCGCUGUCAUGGUGGUGUGUUGUCGUGAUGUUAGUGUGUAUGCAGCUGAGACCCGUCCGGGCCGACAGUUUCCUGCCGCAGUCCGGUUGUUUGUGCACCGCCGACAUCGUCAGCUGCACCGCCUUCGGCCUGCAGCGGGUGCCGGCAGAGAUUCCCGUCUUCGCCGUCACUCUGGAUCUCAGCCACAACCAGCUGGAGCAAUUGGAGGCCGGCAGCUUCACGGGACUUGUUCGACUGGAGACGCUCCGCUUAGCGCACAACCAGCUGACCGGCGUCCACUCAGGGGCAUUCAGGAACUCCUCCGGGACUCUGCUGCGGCACCUGGACCUGUCGUCCAAUCAGCUGCAUGUUCUGGAGCAGCACUACUUCCAGGAGCUGCCCGGAUUGGAGGAGCUGCUGCUAUUCAACAACCGGAUCGUGCACGUGGAGAGCAGAGCUCUGGCUGGGCUGACCAACCUCCGCAAGGCCUACCUCAGUCACAACCGCCUCACCGACUUCCCCUUCUUCUCCAUCCAGAAGCACAGCCACCCUCUCCUGUCCCUGCUGGACCUGUCGUCCAACCGUCUGCCCAAACUGCCCCUGGAGGACAUCUCCAACCUGCCCCCGGCGGUGCAGGCGGGGCUGUACCUGCACAACAACUCCCUGGUGUGCGAGUGCUCCACGUACAGGCUGUUCAGGUUCUGGAAGCAAAGGGGCUUCGACUCCAUCAGGUUCUUUCAACAGGAGCACAUCUGUCUGGUCUACGGGCGGCAGAGAGGAACUCUGCGGGUCUUCCAGUCUGGACGUUACUUUGAAAACUGCAACCUGACGGCACUGAAGGAGCAGCAGAGCAGCGUUUCCGUGAAGGCGGGGAAGGCACUGCUGCUGCACUGUCUCACCUCGCUGUCCGGCAGCGUCACCUUCCUCUGGGUGGCGCCAAACUGGGAAUACGUGGUGCCGCCGGGGAACAACGGAUCUCUGAAGAUGUUCGCCAACGGCAGCCUAGAGAUCAUGGCGGCGCGCGAGCAGGACUCUGGGAUCUACUGGUGCAUGGCUCUGGACCGGCAGCAACAGCGAAACGAGACCUGGGAGGUGAACGUGACCGUGGUGCCGCACCACGACAGGGACGCCCACGAGCCAUUCAACACCGGCUUCACCACCCUGCUGGGCUGCGUGGUGAGCCUGGUGCUGGUCCUCAUGUACCUGUACCUAACGCCCUGCCGCUGCCCGCCCUGCCCCAAGGCCCGCUCCCCAGCCACCGCUGCCCCGGGCAACGAGGCCGGGCCGGGCAGCGCCCAGUCCUCCAUCCUCACCACAACUCCGCCGGCCACCACCGAGGGCCCGGGCCGCAAGGUCCAUCCAUACAACUACUACUCUCUGCUUCAACCCUGAACCUCUGAUCCUCCUCCAUCUGUACAUGUCCUCCUCAUCCAUCUGUCCUGCACCUCCACCUGUCCUCCUCCUCUGUUCUCUCUCAGGUCUUUGUGUUCGUUCUGACCGUCCAGCUUCGUUUCCACCAGUGACCAGGUGACAGGUGAAGAGGUGACCACAGAGAACACAGAAACACCAUCCAGAGCAGCAACACGUAUGUGCAGAAAAACACGGAAACAUCCACAAACACAGAAACAUCCACCACAGUGAUUAAACACUUUAAACUGAUUCUAGUUUCAGUUUUCUUUUUUUGUGUUUUUCCACGUUGAUCCAGAAACAGGAUGAGAACAUCUAGAGAACUUCACGUAGAAAACUUAACACCUUCGUGUAAGAUUCUGACUUUACUCCUUCAGUCUGACCAGAUGGACAGAAACAUUGACUAUAGCGCCACCUGUGGGUUUGUGGACGUUUGUUAGUUUGGGAGUUGUCCUCCACCAUUUUGUUCUUUAGGAACUGAAGGAAACGAGUAAAUCAGAGACGACAAGUCGUCCUAAAACAUCUUCUGCUUCAUCCUCUAUUUUCUUCUAAACUGGACCAUUAAUAAUCAAUACCUGAUAAACAGAGUUACCAUCAUCAUUGUUGUUAAUAAUCAAUAACUGAUAGGUUCCGUCAUCGUAGUCAUUAUUAAUCAAUAACUGAUAGUUCCCGUCAUCGUUGUCGUUAUUAAUCAAUAACUGAUAGUUACCAUCAUUUUUGUCGUUAUUAAUCAAUAACAGUACAGCGUGGUAGAAAUUAUUUGAUUGGUCCCUAUGAGUUCUCGUUGGAGGUCAUGAACCUCUGCAUUCGUCUCUGUCAUGGUGCCCGUUGCUACUAAACUCCCACAAUGCUCUCUGCUUUAACCUCCUCUGGUCUCUACAGGAUUAAACAGGAAGAGGCUCCACCUGCUGGAACAACCAGGAACUACAGCUGAUUGACAUUUACUGAUAGUUGUCAUUUGUCUGAUCAGUUAAUAUAUUUAACCAAUUCUAAUUUACAUUCCAAACAGAAACCCAACUCUUGAGAAAAUGUUUACUGAGGGAACAGAUCACAUCAGAUCACUUUCUGUUUUAUCCAAUCGGACUUGUGCUAUAAACCGGAGGAGUUGCCCCCUGCUGGCUGCAGCUUUAAAGCUUCCAGACCUACAGGUCACGUCCAUCUCAUACAAUCUGUGCUUUAGGCUUUGACUUUAUCCAAUUUAACUUUUAAACAUAACUACACUUGAAACAAACACACACUAGACUCUGUCGUUUGGGAAAAUCAACAACGACCACAAACAGAAAGUUUAAAUUUCUGUGUUCUGAUGCUAAAAGUGGCUUUGAGGCAGAAUCAGCAGGUGUGUGAAGCUCACCAUUGUUCCUCUGAAAAACUUCACGUAUGAACACUUUCCACCUGACAAACACAUUUAGUCUCAACACAAUGCAUGCUGGGAAAUGCAUGCUAAAAAUUUCAAUCAAUCAAGUGCCAUGCCAUUGAGCGUAGGUGAUCAUUUCUCUCCAGCUCCUCCGAUCUUUUGCUCUCUGAAUUGUGACUGUUGCCCAUUCCAUGUGUAGCCAUGAUGUCAGUCCAUCUCUCAUUUUCAUUCUGUCUGCCUCAUCCUCUCUUCCCAUUAAUUUUAGGUGUAAGGCGCUCCUUCCGUCCGAUAGCCUACAGGUCACCCUUGGGCAAGCUGUAGCACCUGUUUAGCCUCCCGACCAGGGUUACGUGAAACCAUGUCUUGCAGGUGGCUGGAUGAUUGUACAAGCAGAUUCAGUUUGAAGUGAAUAUAGGGUUGUAUAAUUGCAACGCUGGGCAGAGGAAUCCAUAGAUCAAUGGCCAGGGUUACAAGUCCAGUAUGGACACUGCAGCUGAAGAAGGCAAUGGAAGACCACUUCAGUAUUUAUUCCUAGUACAAUCAUGAACUCCAGUCAACGUUGGUUUAAGCUCAAAGAUGUGAAUGGAGCCUUCAAGGAAGGAGCCUCAUUCGGUAGGGAAUUUCAUGUGCCACAGGUGAACCCCAAUCGUAAUCCAGCAACUGUAGGCAGACUGAAAGCAAGGAAGACGAAAACUGCAACCUGGAACAUACGAACUCUUAUGCAACCACGGAAACUUGAUAACAUCAAGCAGGAAAUCGGAAGACUAAACAUCAACGUCUUAGGAUUGUUCUAGAAAUUUAACAAUCAUAAAUUAACAUUCAUCAUCUGAACUCAAGAUUUUCAUUUCUGAAAGUGAAAAUUAAAUAUCUCAAAAUAUGAGACCAAAGAGUUCAGAUCCUGUUUCUGUAGAAGACUUGAGCAGCAGCAGAUGUUUCUGGACCAUCACUGAUCAUCAACCUUCAUGGAGACCAGAGGAGGGUCUGGGGUUACCAUGGUUACCACCCAGACCAAACCAGACAGGAGGAUCUGCUGCUGUUUCCUCCAGAGUUCUUCUGUAACGUCGUGAGAACAUUCAAACAGCUGAACUGUGGUUCCUGUUGCUGCUCCAACCUUCAGCUGAUCUACAGUUUCUGUCCACAACAAUCAUCUCCAUCCUCCUCCUCUCCACACCUGUCUCCAUGGGACUUCUUCUGUUGGAGACUCUCUGGACUCUUGCAGACUGAUCUCAGAAAGACUCUGAGCUGUUUAUCAGGUCUCAUGAUUGAUUAUUGAUUAAUUUACUAAUAUAUUUAAUAAUCAAUAGAAUGGACUCUAGAUUUUACAGAAUAAAGUCUGAAGGAACAUGAAGUGAAAACUGAUUUUAAAGUCCAGUUAAAAGUUUGUGGUGAAAUGACUGAAAUUUUUCUGGACUCUCUAACAUUAAAGCAGAGUUUCUAUUUUACCUGCUGAUAACUGAACAGAUCAUCAGAUGAAGGAUUCAUCUAAGAAAGUGGUUACUGCUGGGUCAUCCUGACUGCUGACAGGAAAGUUUCAGCUGAUGCAAAAACGUUUCCUCAACUCUACAAUACAGAAAUCAUUAUGUAUGUAAAAAUCAUCACACACAUAAAAAUAUCACAUAAUUAAUAAUCAUCACACGUGUAAAAAUCAUCAACUAUGUAAUAACCAUCACAUAUGCAAUAACCAUCACAUAUGUAAUAAUCAUCAUGUAUGUAAUAAUCAUGAUGUAUGGAAUAAUCAUCACAUAUGUAAUAAUCAUCAUGUAUCUAAUAACCAUCACAUAUGUAAUAAUCAUCACACAUGUAGUAGUCAUCACAUAUGUAAUAACCAUCACAUACGUAAUAAUCAUCACACAUGUUAUAACCUCACACGUAAUAAUCAUCACCUAUGUAAUAAUCGUCACAUGUAAUAAUCAUCAGGUAUGUAAUAAUCAUCACAAUUUAAUAAUCAUCAGGUAUGUAAUAAUCAUCAAGUAUGUAAUAACCAUCAUGUAUGUAAUAGUCAUCAGGUAUGUAAUAAUCAUCACAUAUGCAAUAAUCAUCACGUAUGUAAUAAUCAUCACGUAUGUAAUAAUCAUCAGGGAUGUAAUACUCAUCACAUAUGUAAUAACCAUCACGUAUGUAAUAAUCAUCAGGGAUGUAAUAAUCAUCACAUGCAAUAAUCAUCACAUAUGUAAUAAUCAUCAGGUGUGUAAUCAUCACAUAUGUAAAAAUCAUCACGUAUGUAAUAAUCAUCACACACUGUAAUGACAAUAGUCAGGAAAAUGUGUUUUCACUGUAAUGUUCACUAAUGUGAAAAUAAAAUCUGUUUCACAGCU